GCUGGCGCGGACAAGAUGGUGGACGGCGUUUGGUGAUUGUCCUGCUUGCGCCGCCGCUUGCUGCAAGUUUCUAGGGGAAAGACAGGGGCGGCUCUGCGGACACGAUGCAUUUCUCCAUCCCAGAGACUGAGGCACUGAGCGCCGAUAACGGAUCUACAUAUGUGUUUAGAGAAUGUUCAUGAUUUGAAAUAUGGCUGUGAUCUGGAGAACAAACAAUUAUAGGGACAGCUGCCCUACUUUGAAUGCCUACAAUAUUCAUGUGAAUGGAGUGUUACACUGUCGGGUCCGAUACAGUGAACUCUAUGGACUUCAUGAGCAGCUGAGAAAGGAAUAUGGGACCAACGUACUUCCUCACUUUCCUCCGAAGAAGAUUUUCACAUUAACAGCUGCAGAGGUAGAACAACGUAGAGAACAACUAGAGAAGUACAUUCAGAGUGUACGCCAAGAUUGCUUGCUGGGUGGCAGUGAGGCAUUCAACAGCUUUCUGAGAAAAGCGCAACAGGAAACUCAGCAGAUUCCAACACAAGAGGUACAGCUUGAUGUCUACUUGUCCAAUGGACAGAAAGUAAAAGUCAAUAUUUUCAGCUCGGACCAGACAGAAGAUGUGUUAGAGGCGGUUGCAGCAAAACUGGAUCUUCCUGAUGACCUGGUUGGAUACUUCAGCCUUUUCCUUAUCCGAGAAGGAAGUGAUGAUAGUUGUUCUUUUGUACGAAAGCUACAGGAGUUUGAACUGCCCUAUAUUUCAGUCACAAGCUUGAAAAACACAGAAUACAGAAUUGUGCUGCGAAAGAGCUACUGGGAUACUGCUUAUGACAAUGAUGUUAUGGAAAACCGGGUUGGAUUGAACCUAUUAUAUGCCCAGACAGUAGCAGACAUUGAACGGGGGUGGAUCCUUGUCAAUAAGGAGCAACACCGACAGCUGAAAUCACUUCAAGAAAAAGGUUCCAAAAAAGAGUUUAUCAGUCUGGCUCAAACGCUGAAGUAUUAUGGAUAUAUCAAGUUUGACCCUUGCAUCACUGAUUUUCCAGAGAAAGGUUGUCAUGUAAUAGUCAGCGCCGGUAACAAUGAACUGAAUUUUCAUGUCAAAUUGCCCAACGACCAAAUCAAAGAAGGUAGUUUCAAGGUCACACGCAUGAGAUGCUGGCGUGUCACUUCCUCACAAGUUCCACUAAUGAAUGGCACAGCAAAUAGCCCAGGAAAGACUGAGACUAAAUUGGAAUUGGCUUUUGAGUAUUUGAUGAGCAAAGACCGACUCCAGUGGGUGACCAUUUCCAGCCCUCAGGCAAUAAUGAUGAGUAUUUCUUUGCAAGCAAUGGUGGAUGAACUAAUGGUGAAGAAAUCAGGUGGCAACAUAAAGAAGAUGCUGAAGAAGCGUAUGAAUGGUGCAUUACGCCGGUCAGACAGCCAGCAAGCUGUGAAAUCCCCUCCACUUCUGGAUUCUCCUGAUUCAAACAGAGAGCCCAUUGUCAAGCUCUCGAGUAAGCUGUCUUCCGUUAGCAUCCGAGGAAUUGGCACAUCUAAUUCCUCCAGUGACAUCCGUGCUAAUGACUUCCAUGGUAACUAUGCCUUUGAGGGAAUCGGCGAUGAUGAUUUGUGAAGUUUUAUCAGGUGAACCGUUCUCGUGACUGCCUGGAGCAAAGCAGAAAUCUUGCACUUGCAUCUGAUCAGUUUGCACAGAAUUUAACUAGAAGGAUUGAACCAUGACUGCUGUUCCGAAGGCGUCAUCAUGGAUUGACACGUGUCAAGUAGCAACAAGGGUAAAGAGUCAUGACCUUUUGUUUAUGAUCAUGAUUAACACCAAAUUAUCGUUUACUAGAGUAUUUUGCACAAUGAUUCAAAUUUCUUUUGAAAAUUCGUAAGAUCCACUUAUGUUUACACAAAAUAUCAAUGAAAUUUAACAGUAUUUCUGAAUAAUACCUAAAAACUGUAGUUGCAGACUGGAACUAGUUGUAAUGUCUUAUACCUAAAAUGAAUGGUAACCUAAAACAAAUGGUGACACUAACUUGUUUACAGAAUUACAGCAGUGGUUUCACAAAAUACCUUGUUGCCAAACCAGAGCACCCAGCUAACGUAGAAGCUAAAGAUUUUCUUUAGAUGAAUAGCACCGUAUUGACAGUUUAAAGGUAACCCAAGUUGCAUAGAAAAGCUUAGCCUGCUUCCAUUGGUGGUCAUUGUGUGGUAAAAUUACUACACCUUGGUUCUCAAGUGUGAUCUUGUAAUUUCAAAGCAAGAUCAAAAUGGCUUUGUCAGCUCUUCAUUACAAUACUUGUAUGUUAUGCUGAUGGCUUACGGCCUGGUGUCACAUCAGAUUUCCAUAGGUAUAAAUUCAUUAAAUGUUUAUCUACGCAAUAAUACAUCUACAAUUCCACUUUAGUGACCUGACAUUAUACUUGCACAAGUCAAAUCUGUUCAGUUACUUUGAUUUAAUUUUGGUCCUCAGUCUCUACUUCCACUGCAGAAGAUUGGAGGCUGAAUCUAAGUAACUGUCUCAUUCACUGAUUAGGCCACAAAGUGUUGAUCCUAUUUUUUUUUAAGAAGGGUUGAAUUAUUUUAACCGUCAUUCUGGUACAAGCUUGUAUGCCAAUAUGCUUUCCCUAUGGUCUCACUAGUUUAGUCCUGUUUGUACAACAUCUGUCCUUCAGAACAAGGUACAUGGAAAACCAAAGCAGUUCAAUAGCAAUUUUAAGCAGAAUUGUAACAAGAUAAUGCUGAUCAAAUAUUAUUUACACAUAGUACUGCAGCAGGCAGAAUGCUUAAAUUCUGCUGAAACCCUCAGCAUUGCACUGUUGGCCAAUGAAAGAUCUAAAAAGAAGUUGCACAUGUUUAUUUAUCCCUUUCCUAAAUAUUAAUAUUUGGAACUAUAGUACCAAACUGAACAACUGAACAGAGUUUGAUUUUACCAUACUUCCACUGUGAAUUAUUUGGUCCAUGCUUGCUGGUAGAUUAUUAAUGAUGUGGAGUCAGCUGUGAAUUUUUUUUUUAAAAAUUAAACUCACCAUUGUUCUAAUGAAUACAUCCAUCAUCUUGAAAAUUUAUGUUGAGAUCACUACUUCUCAGUAACGCAAUCUGUCUAUACUGUUAUGAGUGUUUAAAGCAAUAACUUAUAUAUACAUUGGUACUGGAGGACUGAUUCUUAGCUGACUAAUAUUGACCACGUAAGUACAUGUGCAAGUAUGAUACUGUUGAAUGAGUUAGUAAAAGUCAGUUCACUUUCGUUCCUAAAAAUAGUGUGUUUCAUCUUUUACCAAGAUGAAGCAUCUAUUGAGGAUGUCCUCAAUAAUACAGCUGUUGACCAAUCCUGACAGUCACUGGCUGUCCACCUGUCUGAGAAAAAUAAAUGCAUAUGCUUUGAAAACCCUGAAGUCCUUUGUUAGUUGAACAGCUGUUUAAUGCUGUGUCAUUCUUUCAUACUAGCAUUUGGUAAUGGUACUGUACUUUGCUGAUAUCAAUCAUAGUAUUAACAAAUGUUAGACCACGCCUUUCUAGAAUACCCCUUCCCUACUCCUGAAGCUACUUAAUACAAUUUGUAACAUUGGUGCCAAAUUUUUUUGAUGCCUUUAAUUUUAACUUUGUUAGGAUCAGAAGCCAUUUUAAGUAGCCCAAAGAAAAAUAAUUGAAGCCUAUACAACUAUAUUCAUAAACCUUGUGUUGCCUUGAUUCCAGUCAUUGAUUAGUUAUCCCUGUAAAAUUUUGACAGAUAAUUUUGAACUUUGAUAAUUAUUGAACAGUAAAUCAGGUGUUCUUUAGCUAUCUCUAUAGUGUCCAGAAAAUAGUGAAUGUAGUAUUCAUCUCCAUGAAUACAGUGGUAAAGGGAUAACUGAAUUGUGCAUCUUAAUAGAAGAAAAAAAACAAAAAUGUAGAAUUGUUAGGAAGAGUGUUGAAUUAAAACACAUAACAAAACUGGAACAUAAAAUAAAUGAUCAAAAGUAAAAUCUGA